AUGCUGUGCCAUUGGGUCACGGGUGCCCAGCUGCGGUUUGGAAGGCCUCAGCUGCUGGGACCGACGUCUUGGGGCAUGUCUCACAACGUGCAGCUCAGCUUUGACCGCUUUGGUUACGACCUGGGGCAUGUGGUCGCGGUGACAUCGGAUGGCGGGCACACCUAUGUCAACUCAACCAUGGAUACCUUUGACGUUGUAGUUCGUAAUGCCACACAGGUCACGGGCGAUAUUGCACUCGCCCACAACCUGGGCAAUGUGGCCCGCAAUCGCCCCAAUGGCAGCUUUACAGACUUCUCGGCCACCUCCUACGUGACUUACAGUGGCGAUGCGUCAAGUUCAUCUUGGCAAAGCAGCCAGAUUAACAGAUCCAUCGACUUUCAGGGUCUGCCGAUCCCUGUGUCGUGUCAUAAGUUUGCCUGCCCUUUUCGCUUUGGAGGAACUGCCUCUGCAACCCUGCCGUCGGGCACCAUGCUGCAAACGGCCAUCGUGGCUUGGGGUGGUAAUCCAAGGUCACCAGAAGCCACGAGCAUCGUCAUCUACAAGUCAACGGAUGGUGGCUUUGCUUGGCAAUACCUUGGUGUGGUGGCUAAUGCCAGUGACUACAGCUUUUCAGAGGAAGGACCCAAUGAACACGAUUUGGUGCUGACAAGCAAUGGCACGCUGGUCAUGAUCGUGCGCCUCGAUGCCGGAGAUGGACCCAUUACGCACCCAUUCCUCAACUACUACCGCACCAUCAGCGUGGACCAAGGCUAG